AUGGCCGUAUACGCUAUUUGGAGCUUUGUUACAGUCCUUACACUGUUGAAUCUCCAUUAUUUGCGAAGAGGGGCCAAAUGGAAGAGUGGAAAAGGAUUCGAGAAGUCAACUACAGUGUUCUGGCUUGGUAGAGGCAGCGGUCUUUUUGCCGACGCACGAUCCAAGCUAGGGGCUUUUAUCUACGGACGGCAGCUUUUUGCUGAUGCUUAUUCCAAGUGUAGUAGUAAAAACGAGAUCGUGAAGAUCUCGACGAUAUCUGUCCCUUUGGUGCUGGUGCCGAAAACCCAUCGCAAGUGGUUUUUCAAGGAAAAGUCCGACGUCCUUGAUCAUAGGGCAACUGGCUUCGAUGCUGUCGAGUCCCUUUAUACCAUGCCAUGCGGACAUAUCCUUGAUUUUCCAACACACGUGAAACUCAUUCAUAGAAUCCUCACUCGAGAACUACCCAACCUCACCGAUGACCUGGUUGAAGAGAUAGAAGAUGGCAUACAAAAAUAUUGGGGAUCUGAUACGGAGAGUUGUCGCAGCGUGGAUGUUUGGGAGACAGUACUCAUGCUAGUGACCCGUACAUUCAACAGAAUCUCUGUUGGGAAGCCUCUCUGUGCAGAUGAAGGGUAUCUGAACAAUACUAGACGCUACGUAACCAGCAUUCAUGCAAUGUCAGCCAUCAUCCGUGUAUUUCCAAGCUGGGCGAAGCAUCUCGUGGGACCGAUCUUGUCAAUCCCAUGCUGGUACUACUACUGGCGCGGUAAGAGAUAUGCAAUGCCUCUAAUUCAUAAAUAUUUGGAAAAGGCACGAAUGGACCCAGACAAAUGUGAAGGAUUUUCUAAUAAACCCAAUGUAUUCGCCAUGUGGAUUGUCCAAGAAGCUCUUCACUCCCAGAUUCCACGUGAAAUGAAUCCAGAAACAAUCUAUGCUCGUCUGAUGACAAUGAAUUUCGCGGGCAUCCACACCUCAUCUUUCACCACUGUGAAUAUGUUACUGGACUCACUAUCGCGGCCUGAUAUUUUUAAGGAUAUGGAAGAGGAAGUUAGGAAGACUUAUCAUUACCAUGGCGACAAAUGGACCCAACCUGCUGUGAAUCAGUUAAAAUACACCGACAAUGUCCUCCGUGAGAGUAUGCGCUUAUCAGGCCCUAUUAUCCGCUUGCUGAGAGAAGUAAAAGCCAAAAAUGGAAUUGAGAUAAAUGGCGUGCCCCUUCCUCAGGGCACGAAAAUUGCUAUAGAUAUGCACAAUAUGCAUCGCGACGAAGAAAUCUAUAAGGAUGCAACCGUAUUCGAUCCACUCCGUUUUAACCCUUCUACAGGCCGUGAAAUGCCUGCUACUACCAAGACAAGUGAAAACUUCUUGCCAUUCGGGCAUGGUCGGAUGCCCUGGCCGCUGCUUUGCAAGUCACGAGAUAAAGCUAAUCGUUGCGACGAUCAUCAUGAAAUAUGA